GAUUCGAUUCACUCUUCCUCUCUUCCUUCAUCAAUAUCCCAAAUCAAUCUCUCUCCUCCUCGAAACGUCUCUUAGGAAACCCUAAAAUCAGAAGUUGAGAUCGAUGGCCUCCUUCGCUCGCCGAGCCAUGAGCUUAGCUCAGAUCCAAUCUGCCCGUGUUCCCGCUUCUAUUGGUCAGCGACGUGGUCUCGCCGGCGCCGCUGAUCACCAUGGAUCUACCAAGGUUGACUUCUGGAAACAGCCCACGAACCCAGGAAACUGGAAAGAGGAGCAUUGGAUACAAGCUCGCCACUGGGGGAAGCAAAGAGAAGCCUGUGGAGAGUACACAAUGAGUUUCAUUGUCACCCGGAAGAAGACCUUUUAUGGAGAGACCUCUCAUUCUCAUGCACUUUGUUUUCCCUUUCAGCAUAUUGUGACUGGUCUUAUGUUUCAUUUGAAAAUAAUAUGCAUCACUUUUGUGAUUUGAUGAUGUCUGCAAUGGAUGAUUCUUGACAGUUUUGUGUUUCAUAAUAUCCUAUGUUUUAAACAGACAGGAUUUAAACGAAAGCAUUGUCUCGCGAUACGUAUCUUGAUAUAGGCUUUGGAUUCUUUUA